AGAAGUAGCCGCAGAGUGAGAGCUCUUCACUGUUCCCGCCUCUCUGUGGUGGUGAAAUCGUUCCACUACGUCAAGUCGUCCCGUCCGCUCUGAAGAUGUCUGCGACGGGUAUAGGCGGCUGCGGACCCGGACCCGGACCCGGACCCACCUCGGGUGGACCCGGGUCCGGGCCUUCCAACCCCAGAAAGUUCAGCGAGAAGAUAGCGUUGCACACCGCGCGUCAGGCCGAGGAGACAGCCGCCUUCCAGGAGGUCAUGAUGGACAUCACCUCGACUAGGCUUCAGGCCCAGAAGCUCCGUCUCGCCAGGAAUCAGGGUCCGUACUACGGCGGCUCGCUACCCAACGUCAAUCAGAUCGGCAGGAGCCCUCAGGACUUCCAGGUCUCCUUCCCCUCCACGCUGGAGUCCAACCGGUCCACUCGGCAUCACGGUCUGGUGGAGCGGGUCCAGAGGGACCGCCGGUUCAUCUCACCGGUCCGACCUUACCGCAACCGACAAGUGGACAGCUCGCCGUAUAACUCCGCCUACCUGUCCCCGCCUCCUGACCCCAGCUGGAGAAGGAAUUGGUCCGGAAACUUCCCCGGGGAUAAAAGCCAGUUGUUUCGUCUCCCCACCACUGCACUCAACAGGACAAACUCUGACUCGGCCCUCCACACCAGCGUGAUGAACCCUCCCACCGGAGACCCCUUCACCACGGGAGGACACACCCUCAUGGCCCAAAGCAGCAGACGCACCGGUCAGAAUGAUGGAGAGGGCAGAAGAAUGUUUCCGUACCCUGUACCCCCCAUUGAAGAGAAUGUAUUGGAUGAAGGGAAACUGCUCAAACCCUGGGACACCAAGAAGUUGCCUCUGUUGUCAUCCCGACCCAAGUCCUGUGAAGUCCCUGGCAUCAAUAUCUUUACGUCCCCGGAGCAGCCGUCCACGCCUGCUCACGGCGUCCCUUCGGGGCUCAACACCGGCGGCUCGCUGCCCGACCUGUCCAGCCUCCACUUCCCCUCCCCACUGCCCACGCCGCUUGACCAGGACGAGCCUGGCUACCUUGGAUCCUCCUCUCUGAGUGGGGGCAGCAGCACAGGGAACCUGGCCUCCACCCUCACUCAGCUGGGCAUCAACGCCGCCAACGCACAGGCAGGCAACGGCAACUUCCACCACCACACACAAGGUCUCCUGGCAUCUCUACAGAGCACGCUCAGUAACCCCUCCCUGCAGUCGUCACUAAGCAACCCUAACAUCCAGUCAUCGCUCAGCAGCCACUCCUUCUCCAACUCUUUGAGCUCCGCCUCCCUGCACUCAUCGCUCAGCAACCCCUCGCUGCAGUCGUCCCUCAGUUCCUCCCCCUCGCUGCCGUCCUCCCUCAGCAGCCAAUCGCUGCACUCCUCCCUCAGUAACUCCUCCCUGCAGUCGGUGUCCAGCGGUAACCCCGGCUACAGCAGCGGCGUGGGGGGCUCCAGCUCCUGCUCCUCCUCCUACUCGCCGCUGCUCAGCGGGCAGGGCCAGCCGUCGCUCAGCACGUCGCCACGGAGACGGGCGCAGCUGUCGCCGCUCAUUCUGCCCAUGGGAGGGGAGUCACGGCGGCAUCACUCCAAACAGUUCUCCCCCACCAUCUCCCCGACGCUGUCCUCCAUCACACAGGGCGUCCCUCUGGACACCAGUAAACUGCCUCUGGACCAGCGCCUCCCUCCCUACCCGCUCAGCCAGUCCCACCAGCACCAGCAGGGCUCCCAGUCCGGCCAGCAGCCUCCUCCCAUGAACCAGCACCACCACCAACAACAGCUGCACCGCCUCCAGCAGACUGCUCAGCAGCAGCAGCAGCAGCAGCAACAGCAGCAGCAACAGCAGCAGCAGCAGCAACAGCAGCAGCAGCAACAGCAGCAGCAGCAACAGCAGCAGCAGCAGCAGCAACAGCAGCAGCAACAGCAGCAGCAGCAGCAGCAACAACAGCAGCAGCAGCAGCAGCAGCAGCAGCAGCUCCACCUGCAGAACCUACGCAACUCACACAACCAGCACCUGCAGCAGCACUUUGGAUCGAUGCCGAUGGGGCAGCAGGUGAUAAAGAACGAGAGGCCAAUGGAUCAGUGCGUCCAGGGCUCCUCUCAGGGUCACGUCAAACAAGAAGCUGAGCAGCAGGCGGAACAGCACCGAGCCGGCGGCCUCCCUCAGCUCCAACAGAUCAGCCACAAUCUGGCCUCUGACCUCUACAACGAUGCCUUGUUCAACUCUCUACUGGACGACCCCUACCUGAGUCUGCAGCUCACGGGCAAAUCCAACCAGCAGUUCACAGCAGAGAACCAGGGCGACUGUCUGUCUCUGAACCACAGCGGUCAGAACCAGUUUCCCUCCAACACCCAGGGACACCUGGACCUGCAGGACCCCGGGGACCAGCAGCUCCUCAACCACCAGAACCAGAACUACGGCAGCGGGGACGGACGACAAAACGUGCCCAACAUCAUCCUCACUGGCGACUCCCCACCGGGUCUGUCCAAAGAGAUCGCCAGCGCUCUGUCUCACGUCCCCGGCUUUGAGAUGGAUCCCUUCUCCCUGGACGACCCUCUCAGGAUGGACCCGCUGGCUCUGGACAUGCUGGACGGCGAUCUGAUGCUCGCCGACCCGGCUGUGGAGGACUCCUUCCGAUCCGACAGGCUAAAGUGAGCCCCCCCACCCGGACGGAGGCGGAGAGAGGACCAGGAUCAGCGCCGCUCCCCCAACCAGACGAUCGGCAACUUUCUGUCCGAGGUCGGAAUGAACCGAAGGCGGGGGGGGGGGGUCUCCGUCGAAGGCACUUAACUGAAAACGCUCUCGCAAUGCUUGAAGUCCAGACAAACGAGAUGCUUCUGUUUUAGGCAUUAGCUUGUUCACGUCUUAUCUGCAUGUUCAUGAAAAGUGCACUCACGUAAAUGCAAACACGCAGGAAUAAAGCGCUCACGUAGCGUCUGCUUAUGUCAGAAACCGUCUGCAAAAACCAGCAACGCUUGGAAGAACUCUGCAUCUGAUCCGCUGUGUGACUGUUGGCCAUCGCUCACAGGACAGACCACGUGUGAUUGGUUUGGGUCAUCAGGUCAGGAAGUAACAACCGGAGGCCGAUGACUCGGAGCUCUAUAUAUUUUAUAUAUAUAUUUCUAUCAGAUAACAGUUUGGAAUGAAGCCCUCUACGGAGAGCGUCCAGUGCUUAAAGCCCCUGAUAUGCUGCUUAUCACCACAAUAAUGUUACCCUGAUCGCUUUAUAUGAUCCUGUGAUCACACAGGACGCUCCGCAAGUCCACUAAUCUGCUUUUAGUCACACAGUUAUCACAAUAAUAUUCACAAAUAUAGCUUUAGUAGCAGAGAGAAAGAAAGACUUCUUUCAGUCCAGGUCCAGUCUGGAUGAGCAGGAACCCUUAACCCUGUUGGUCCUACUCAUCCAGGUCCAGUCUGGAUCAGUAAGAACCCUGAAUCCCGUUGGUCCCUCAGCCUUCAGCUUUAUUCACCUUUCAGGUCAACUUCUUAAAGGGCAACUCCACCAACAUUGAUGUUGAUGUUUUAUCUAUUUUAAAAAAAGAUGAAUUACUUCUGCUCACUAUUUUAAUAUCAGGCUGCAACUAACAAUUUGUUUUAUCAUUUAAUCUGCCGAUUAGUUUCAUCAUUUGGUCUAUAAGUUGUGUAAAAUAGUGACUCAGUGUCCAUCACAGUUUCCUCCAGUCCAAGGUGACGUCUUCAUAAGGAAUGUUUAGUCCAAACUAAAGUCCAAAUAAACAUUAAAUACGUUAAAGUAAACGGUAAAUUCACAGCAUUUAUACAGCUGCUUUCUAGUCUUCAUUACAAUACAUGGCAGCAUUCACCCAUUCACACACACAUUCAUCCACUGAUGGCAGCAUUCACCCAUUCACACACACAUUCAUCCACUGAUGGCAGCAUUCACCCACUCACCCACACAUUAUAACAUUUUUCACUUGUCUCUUAUCAGACAAUUUAUGGACCAAAUGAUGAAUCAAUUAAACGGCAGAUUGAUCAAUCAUGGAAACAAUCCUUAGUUGCAGCUGUAACCACAGCAACAGUGAUGUCACAGUGUCCUGGAGUACACCUGUCCAUCACUGCAGCCAGAUGAGAAGGUAUACCAAGUAAAGACACAGCAUUUAACAGUUGUUGGUGGGAUUGCCUUUUAACCCCAGUCACUGUGAUUGACAGCACUUAGCCCCGCCCCCUCUACCUGCACUUGCUGCACCUGUUUUUUCAGCCCCGAGAGGGCCAGAGCCUCGUAACAUAUUUUAAUGUAACAAAGAAUAAAAAAAUAUAAUAAUAAUAAUAUUAUUAAUAUUAUUUUGACUAUAAAGAAGUUUUAUUUUUUAAUCCAAAGUGGUCUAAAUCUGUAUGUAUAUAAUUUCUCAGAUAAUAUCUGUUAAAAAAACGAAUACAGUUUGAAUAUUCAAACAUCAGCUUGUAAAAGUUUGAAGCCUGAAGUGAGUUUUUGAACAACAGCUUGUGAGACGUGAGAUGAGCUGCAUGUGUUUCUUUUAAGCUCCAGUCAUCAGUUUGUUUCUGUGUUCAUUCAACUGUCCCUUUCAUUUUAUAUUUGACAUCUAAAUCAUCAACAAUAGUAAACGGUAAACAAUAAUUUGUUCUGUGUUCACAUCAUGUCCACCUUCGGACUGAGAGGCUCCUCCAGUACUGAAGGUUUCCCAACCUGGGGGGCAGGACCCCCUUAAGGUUCGCUGACAGGAAAGAAAACAUUCAAAAUAACAUUCAGAAAAUUGUUUAUUUUUUAAAUUAGCAUAUCAUAAAGCAUUAUAUUAUAUAGAAAUCAAAACAAUGAGGAAAAAAGACACACUUUGCUUGAACAGAUGCAUGUAGUGAUGAGACUCAACUUUAUUUAUUAAUUUGAUUUGUUCACAACAGAAAAGUCAGAGGAUUGUUUCCACAUUCAGAAAAUAUUUAUUUAGUCUUUUUAAACAGCUGUCUUUUUGUAGAAAAAUAUUUUUUUAAAAAACAAAUCCCAAAUCUUAAUUUUACAUCAAUCUGACAAAGAAAAAUAACAUUUGAGAAAGCUGAAUUCAGGCUGCCUAUUUUGUAUUCUUAUUGAUCGUUGCCAUAGUUACCAUGUGAUCAGGCUUCGGUUGCAGGUCUGGAGGGAUCUGGAAAUGUUUGAGAAGGGUACCUAGGAGAGGUGAACGUUUAUCUGAUGGAUUUAAUAGCUUUAAUGCGUUUGACAGAUGAGAGAUGGUAAAUCAUAAUUAAUAAAUAAAUAAUUCAUGUGCCUGAAGUUUAGAAGACUGUUGAGGGUCUGAGUGGGGAUUCAUGUGUUUACUGAUGAUGAUGAUGGAGGAAUGACAAUCACAAAAAAGUGUGACUGAGUGUGACUGCUGCCCCCCGCAGGUCAGUUCAGGCUGCAGCCGUGUCCUCUGGACGGGUUUUUGAGCAGCUGUGCGGCUAGGGGUUAGUGGUCAGGGUUUUCGUUAGGGUUUAGGGUCGUAGACAUACUGUAUAUAUAUGUAGACGCCGCAUUGAACGCUUUAGCCCGUUGCAGUGAUACGUCAACGUGGGCGCCAUAUUGGACCUGGCAAGACUGGCCUGUAACCCUAUACAAGUGAACUGGGGAGCUGCCGUUUUUCUAGAUAAAAAGCAAUAUAACGUCUGCAUUUGUCAACCGAUUUCAACGAGUCGUUAUUAUAUUAAA